AUGGCGGCACAAGACUCUUCCUCCGGCGACACAAGGCUGAGAUCCGCUCUCACGGUGAGCGCCGACGACCGCGCGCGCCUCCACGCCCUCUUGCAGGACUCUCCGUCUCCGGCUCCGGCUCCGGCAGCAGCGAACAAUACUAGUCAACAUCAUGUGGCAAGCUUCUUCGAGGGGUUGGCGCUGCGAGGGAUCCGCGUCCUCAGCAUCCAGCCAGGCCUCAUCCGCUGCUCCUACACCGUCCCAAACCACCUCACAGACGCCGCCACGGGCUGCCUGGCCGCCGGCGCCGUGGUGUCCCUGGUGGACGAGGUCGGCUCGGCGGCCGCCAUCGCCGACGCGCAGAACCUCAAGGUCUCCGUCGACAUGUCCGUCGCCUUCGCCGACCUCUCCCAGGCGCGCCCGGGGGACAAGCUCUGCAUCGUCGCCAGGGCCUUGGGGCACAAGGGCGCCUACUCCGGGACGCACGUGCUCUUCACCAACGCCGGCAAUGGCCGCGUCGUCGCCGAGGGCAGGCACUCCCUCUUCGGCAACAUGAAGAAGAAGACUACAACUCCUGCUCCUGCUCCUGCUGCUCACACCAGGAGCAACAUGUGAUGUAUCAUCUACUGCGUAUCUACUACUAAGCUCAUUCAUCAUGUAUGUAUUCUGUAAUGCUUAUCUACUACGUACGAAUUAGCUCAUUCAUCAUGUACUGUACUACUAUAACCCUGCAGUUUGAGCAUACCAACUAGCAAGCAUUUCCAGUUCCUGUUGUAAUAACAAUGAUAAAAGAUAACAACCACCAGAGGACAUCAUCAAA